AUAGCGAGGCUAGGCUGUGGUUAAGGCAAAUUUAUCGACGGUUGUCUGGACGAGUUUCAAUAAGACGGCCCUACUAUGCUGAAAUACACCGCAAUAUCCCAUACGCAAUAGUACAAGCCAUGUCGUUAGUCAUCCAGCAGUGUCCUGAUGAGCUUAAGGAACCUGUCUGUUACUCAUCAAAAAACAAGAAAGGCCAUGUUAUUAGUUUUACCACCCGGGAUGCAGUUAUUUGGUUCCUUAGUGUAAUUACCAGUAUGAGUAAAAUAGAAGUGAGAGCCUUCUUGACCAAGAAAUUGAAAGGUGCGAGGAGAAACAAACACAGAGUUAAAGUGCUUGUAGAAGAUGGUAAGGAUUUUGCCUUUGUAUACUAUCAUAACAAAGGGCUGAUGUCCAUCCAGUUUCACUAUGGUGAAUGGAACACACAUGAUUACCCUCAACAUCCAUGCCAACUUACUU